UUUCGACAGAUUGCAAUAUUGAAUCCUCCAUUUUUUAUCCAGAAAAUUAUUCUUUCGCGAAAGAUUGUUAACUGUUGAUUACUAACCUAUCUUGGGAUUUCGGGUUGUUUUACUCUCUUUCAAACAGUAGACUUUUCUACCAUUUUUGCUGUGCCAGUGCCCCUAGAAAGAGCCCCCGGGCACGUGCCCCACGUGAAUUAAAAAAAAAAUCGAAAGCAGGGGCUUGUUAGUUCAGUCUCAUUUACUCAAUUACUCCCUCUCUGGCUCUCAGCUCUCUUUCACUCUAAACCUAAAAACUCUACGCAAACUCUUCCUCCACUCCACUGUCGCUGCCGCACUCCCGCACCGGGCCACCGCCGGCUGCUGCUCCAUCACAGACGCAUUCCGCCGCUGCUGCCUGGUGCUUUGACGUUGUCGGUGCUGCUGUGGUUUGCUCGAAGCCUCGAUUCGAACACAGUCGAACUCGAAGAGUCGAAGGUUUUCAAACCCUAAUCCCUAAAAAUCGAAAUUUUUGAUUUUGUUUAAGAAAUAAACAAAUAGAAGUAUUUUAAUUGUUAAUUUUACAAACGAAACUCUACUGAAAUUUUGUCCAAUUGUUGGUGCCCCAUGAGACUCUGAACCCUGGAUCCGCCACUGAAUUACCAAGGUGCAUAUUAUCAUAUAGAAAGAAGUGAAGCGUAGCGAUUCGUACUACCAGAAAAGUUUCACUAACCGGCGGGCAAUAGAGUCCGCCGAUAGGCGCAAGUAAAGCGUAGCGAAGAAGCGAGUUGUAGCCUUAAUCUGUGCUGUGUAUGGAACUAAUCUACCGUACUUCCUUGAUCUUACCUUAUUUACUUAGUUCAAUAAAAGAGAGAAUUCGUGCAUUUCUCUCAUCAUCUGUGUAAUUUUUGGUGAAAAGGGUAAAAGGGUGUUGGAUUUCAAAGAUUGGAUUUUUCUAGUAAUGCCCAUUACUGGGUUCAUCUCAAAGAACCUUAAUACCAGGUUGUUUAUUAUUUCAAGUAAGUUGGUGAAUUACUCUUUCUGUUCAUCUUGUUGGGUAUCUAAUAUUCCAGCUCAAAAUCUGUCACAAAUUGAUGAUGAAACUUGUAGUGAUAUUGAAUCUCCUAUUAACAAUGAUAUUUUCAAUUCAUCCAAGAAAAUGGGUUCUUACCAAUUGGGUGAUUCCACCUUUUAUUCUCUCAUUGAUACUUAUGCUAAUUCUGGGGAUUUUAAGUCAUUGGAGAGGGUUUUUGAUAGAAUGAAAUGUGAAUGUAGAGUUUUUAGAGAAAAAGAUUUCAUUUUAGUGUUUAAAGCUUAUGGUAAAGCAUUUUUACAUGAGAAAGCCAUUGACUUGUUUAAUCGAAUGGAUGAUGAAUUCAAUUGUAAACCGACUAUUCGAUCGUUUAACUCGAUUUUGAAUGUUAUUGUUCAAGUGGGUCAGUUUGAGAAGGCCUUGAACUUUUAUGAAAGUGUUGUUGAAUGUUGGAAUAUGAUGCCUAAUGUUCUUACUUUCAAUUUGGUUAUUAAAGCUUUGUGUAAGUUAGGGAAGGUUGAUAAUGCUAUUGAAUUGUUUCGAGAAAUGCCGGUUCAGCAAUGUGUUCCUGAUGGUUUUACUUAUAACACAUUGAUGGAUGGAUUAUGCAAGAAUGGUAGAAUUGAAGAAGCGAUUUUGUUGCUUGAUGAGAUGCAUAUAGAGGGGUGUUCUCCUACUCCUAUGACCUUUAAUGUACUAAUUAAUGGACUUUGUAAGAAGGGUAAUAUGUCUAGAGCUGCUAAGCUUGUUGAUAACAUGCUUUUAAAGGGUUGUAUGCCCAAUGAAGUGACAUACAACACGCUUAUUCAUGGGUUGUGCUCGGUAGGGAAGUUGGAUAAGGCAUUGAGUCUUUUGAAUCAUAUGGUGUCAAACAAGUGCUUGCCGAAUGGUGUCACUUUUGGAACUCUUGUCAACGGACUAGUUAAGCAAGGAAGAGCGGUUGAUGGAGCCGCAUUGUUGAUUUCAAUAGAAGAGAGGGGAUUUCGAGCGAAUGAGUAUGUAUACUCUUCUCUACUUAGUGGGUUGUUCAAGGAAGGGAGGGCAGAAGAAGCAAUGAGAUUCUGGAAGGAUAUGAUUGGAAAAGGAUUUUGUCCUAAUGUUAUCCUUUAUAGUGUUUUAGUUGAUGGUUUAUGCCGUGUGCAACGACCUAACGAUGCUAAAGAAAUUCUAUCCGAGAUGAUUCACUUGGGACUUACUCCCAACGCUUUUACGUAUAGUUCCUUGAUCAAAGGUUUUUUUAAGUCGGGUAAUAGCCAAGAGGCAAUACUUACAUGGAAAGAGAUGGAAGCUAGUAAUUGUUUCCUUAAUGUGGUUUGUUAUAGUGUACUUAUCAAUGGUCUAUGUGAGGAAGGGAAGCUUAAGGAAGCUAUGGCAGUUUGGAGAAAGAUGUUGGGAAGAGGAUUAAAACCCGACGUUGUCGCUUAUAGCUCAUUGAUCAAUGGCUUCUGCAAGGCUGGCUUGGUUGAGCAGGGAUUGAGAGUUUUUAAUGAGAUGUUCUUUCAGGGGGUCGAUUCCCAGCCCGAUGUAGUGACUUAUAAUAUACUUUUCACAGGUUUAUGCAACGGCAAUCGUUUAUCUCGGGCCAUUGACCUCUUAAAUGGUAUGUUGGAUCAUGGUUGUGAUCCUGAUCUUUAUACCUGUGACAUUUUUCUGAGGAUUCUAAGAGAGAAAAUGGAUCCACCUCAAGACGGGAAAGAGUUCCUUGAUGAGCUUAUUUUGCGAUUAUGCAAGUGGCAGAGAGGGCUCGGUGCUUCAAACAUCCUGCAAUUCAUGCUGCAAAAGUUUUUGCCACCGGAAGCCUCUACAUGGAGAGAAGUUCUACAGCUUUGUUGCAAACAAAGAAAGAUUGUAGCUGCUCUGGAAAAAUGUUGGAGUGACUUAUUCCACUGAUGUUGAUGGUUCUGGUAACUGAUUUGGAUGAUUGAAGGUGCGAGUUAGCUUUUGGCGUUGGCUAAAGCCUGUGAUGGUCAUAAUCAUGCUGUAAUCAUUCAUGUUCAACUACAAAUCUGUUGCCAGGGCCCACAUGCGACCGCACGUUUAGAGGCUUCUUCAAUCACUGAUGUAAUUGAGAUAUCUAGAUCUCAAUGACCUGGAGAUAACGCUUUGUGUUGGCUCAAGACCUCAGAUGGCAGCUGAUUUGUUGUUAUCAUUCUAAUAUGUAGACGUGCAAGGCGUUGCCUUCAAGAUGCAGAGCGGCCAGAGUUAUGGAAUGUGCAAAUUGUUUCAUCUUCAGGACGUGCUCUGUUAGUUCGUAAAACUUUUCAUGCGGUUGAAGCGGGAUUGCGUCGGCUUCGCAGGUGGCUGGUAAUCUGGUAAAAGACUGCAUAGUGGCCUCUAUUAACUCAUGUUGGAGUUGCUUAUAAUGCUUUCACAAAGGGAGAAGCUCAGAGUUCUUUCUUCAACUUAAGCUUGUGCCGAUGUUUUUUUGUCGACUUUUAAGGGCCUUAAAAAACAUAUCUUUCCGAGUAUAUAACAUAUUUCGAGAUUUCAACGAUCAGUUUAAACUUUUGAUUGAGUGGGUUUGAUGACAUUGUAUCGAAAGCCAAUGAGACGGAAAGACAUGUGUUCGAAUAUCAUUUAUUCCCAUUAUUUAAAUUAGCGUUAUAAUAGAAUAUAUUCAAGGGCUUAGACCCAUCAGCCUAA